AUUUUUAGGAGCUUGUUGGGUUUGUUUUUGUUUGGUUUCAGAAAGCUACUCACUUUCAAUCUAUUUGUAAAUUGAUUUACUGAAUCAAAUUUAAUUGCUAUCUUUUACGAAGAUUUUAAUGAGAUAAAGUUUUAUAAAAAUUCUGAUCUUCAAAUUUCGAUCGAUGAAAUAAGAAUACCAUCUCUUAGUUAUCACAUCACUUACGUUUUCAUCAUCUCAACAUUGUGCCAUUGUUCAAUACUAUUGAAGAUAACUUUGUAUAAUGGAUGUUUCAGAGGAAACUUUGCGUCAAGUUUUAAAAUCGAUGAAAGAGUCGAAACUGUCGUUAGAUGCCUUGGAAAAUAGUGCACGAGAUGAAGCAGCUCGAACAGAGGAAGCAAAAGGAAUUAUUCAAUUUCAUAUCGUAGCUAAUUCAUUGACAAAACCAAUUAGUAAACAAUGUCUUUUAUGGCUAGUUGGUCUACAAAAUGUUUUCAGUCAUCAGUUACCUCGAAUGCCUAAGGAGUACAUCGCUCGCUUGGUUUUUGAUCCCAAACAUCGGACUUUGGCUUUAAUUAAGGACAAUAAAGUUAUCGGUGGUAUCUGUUUUCGAUUAUUUCCAUCUCAAGGGUUUAGCGAGAUUGUUUUCUGUGCAGUAACAUCUAAUGAACAAGUUAAAGGUUAUGGAACACAUCUAAUGAACCAUUUGAAAGAUUAUCAUGUACGAUUAGGGAUCCAUCAUUUUCUUACAUAUGCAGAUGAAUAUGCAAUCGGUUAUUUCAAAAAGCAAGGUUUUACUAUUGAUAUAAAACUUCCGAAAGCAUCUUAUCUUGGCUACAUCAAGGAUUACGAAGGUGCUACAUUGAUGGGUUGCCAGUUGGACUCGUCCAUUGUUUAUACACUUUUUUCAUCUGUUAUGCGAAAGCAAAAAGAGAUUAUAAGAAAACUAAUUGAUAUGAAACAGCAAGAAUUACUCCGACAAAAUCCAAACCUUGCUCUACGAUGCAAUCAAUCAUCAGCAAACAGUGAUGCGAAUUCUCAAGGCUCUGGUGACAGAAAAUCAAAGAGCAGAGACGAUGACAAACUGUAUUACCAUCUUAAAACUGUUUUAAAUCAAGUUAAAAACCAUCCAUCAGCAUGGCCUUUCAUCAAACCUGUUGAGGUUUCAGAAGCACCUGAUUAUUACGAUCAUAUUAAGAAUCCAAUGGACUUGAAAACAAUGUCAGAUCGACUUAAAAAUCGACACUAUUCAAACAAACGUAUUUUUGUCGCUGAUAUGAAUCGUAUUUUUACCAAUUGUAGGACAUAUAAUGCAAUGGAUACUGAAUAUUAUAAAUGUGCAAACGUUCUGGAGCGAUUUUUCGUAAACAAAAUGAAAGAAGCUGGUCUUUGGGAUAAAUAGUAACCCUUUUAUUUUCCCUAUCUAAUCAAAAGUAUUGCAAUUAUCGAGCUAAUUCAGCUAUCACCUGCCGUUCAUCUGCUUCUCUUAUUAUUUAACACAUCAAAAAUCACUCUUUUCAUAAAUAAGAGAACAGAGGAAAGAGAAAAAUAUAAAUUAUCUUCAACACUGAUCUCCAUGUGUUACCUUGUGUGGUUCGGAAUCGAGAAAUCCUUAUGAUCUCUGCAUAUCUUCAUCUAAUAAAAGAUCACUCAUCAUUUGGUUUGUACAACAGAAAACCAAAUUCAAUAUAAUAUUUGAACCAUCACAAAUAUUGUUUUUUUAUCAAUAAUUUUAUGAACAUUUUCAAAGUGGAUGGAAAACUGGACAUUUGAAGAAAACUUAUCAAAGCGUUUGCAUUCAUCAAUAUAUCAAAUACCUUUUUUACAUUUUAUAUUUUUUACAUCAUUAUAUUCGCUUAACUGGUCACUAAAUUUAUUAUAUACCUCAAAGACAAUGUAAUCAACAGACUCAUACUUUAUUAACUGUUCAAAUCACGUCAAAAAUCACACUUUGUGACUAAACCAUUCAAUUACUGCCUCACUUUAACUCGUCAUUUAGUUAUACCUAUCAAGCUAUUGAAUAACUCAUUUUUUUACUUCAAGCUCAUUCCAAGCUAUCAAGUUGAUGGCAGUGAAAUUAAAUGUCUUGAAACACAAAUCAAUAAUUCAAAUAAAUAUCAAUGAAUUUAUCCGCUCAAA